AUGGCGACGACGGAGCUAAUGUUGACGCCCGCCGACCUGAGCCGGCACCAGUCAUCCCAGGACUGCUGGAUCGCUGUGCACAGCAAGGUCUGGGACGUGACCGACUUCCUCAGCGAGCAUCCCGGCGGGUCCGCAAUACUCUUGCAAUAUGCCGGCAAGGAUGCCACUGCCGCCUACGACAACAUCCACGCGCCCGGCAUGCUGGAGGAGACCCUGAGCCCGGACAAGUUUAGGGGCAACUUCAUCCCCGCGAGCAGCGACGCCGCUCCUCCGGGCGCUGAGGCUGAGGCCGAGCCCUACCGCAAGCCAGACCUAUGCUCGUGCAUUAACGCUGGGGACCUGCGCGAGGUGGCGGCGCGCACGCUGACGCCCAAGGCGUGGGCCUUUUACUCGUCGGCGGCGACGGACCUCAACACGCACGCGUGGAACCAGUCGUUCCUGCGCCGCGUCAUGCUGCGGCCACGCGUGCUCCGCGACGUGGCCGAGACGAACCUGCGCCGCACCAUCCUGGGCGUCGACUCGGCCGCGCCCUUCUUCAUCAGCCCGGCCGCCAUGGCGCGCCUGGCCCACCCGGACGGCGAGCUGGCCCUUGCGCGCGGUGCCGCCCGCGAGGGCGUCGUCCAGUGCAUCUCCAACAACGCCAGCUACCCGCUCGCCGCCAUCGCCGCCGCCGCCGACGACCUGUCCGCGGGCGACCGCCACCCCCUGACGGGCCCGCCCGGCCGGCAGGACUUUUUUUUCCAGCUCUACGUCAACUCGGACCGAGCCAAGACGGCGGACCUGCUGCGCAAGGCCAAGGGGCUCGGGGUGCGCGCCAUCUUCGUCACCGUGGACGCGCCCGUGCCGGGGAAGCGCGAGGCCGACGAGCGCAUCGCGGCCGAGGCCAACGUCGCGUCGGCCGUGUCGGGCGCCGUGGCCGGCAACGACAAGAAGGGCGGCGGCAUGGGCCGGCUGAUGGCGCAGUACGUCGAGAAGCGGCUGGUCUGGGAGGACAUCGCCUGGAUCCGCGAGACGUCGGGCCUGCCCGUGGUGCUCAAGGGCGUGCAGAGCGCCGAGGACGCGCGCCUGGCGGUCCGCUACGGCUGCGCCGGCGUCAUGCUCAGCAACCACGGCGGCCGCUCGCUCGACACGGCCCAGCCCGCCGUCCUGGUGCUGCUGGAGCUGCACCGCCACGCGCCCGAGGUGUUUGACCACCUCGAGGUCAUGGUCGACGGCGGCUUCGAGCGUGGCUCAGACAUCCUCAAGGCCGUCUGCCUAGGCGCCAGCGCCGUUGGCAUUGGCCGCCCGUUCCUGUACUCGCUGACGUACGGCGAGGAGGGUUGCGCGCACCUGAUUCAGAUCCUCAAGGACGAGCUCGAGGUGUCGAUGAAGCUCUGCGGCAUCAACUCGCUGGACGAAGCUCACCCCGGGCUUGUCAACACGGCCGAUAUCGAUCACCUUGUCCGCUCGGCAUCUGAGCACCCCUGGAUUCGCUGGAAGCCCAAGUCGCGGCUGUAA